GCUACGUCACUGUCGCGCGACGGUAGCAGCAGGAAGACCCUUUACCGGGUUGAAUUUGUUGUUGAAGACACCUCUCCCCGUCCUUCAGCUGUAAAAUGUACUACAAGUUCAGCGGUAUCACCCAGAAAUUGACGGGGUCUGCUCCUACGGCCGCCUUCAGCCCUCAGGGGCUGAGGUCGGGUGUGCCAGCAGAGGCCCCAACCAUGAUCUUCGCCACACCCACCAAGGUGGUGUCAGAGGCUGGCAGUGCAGUAGAGUACUUGGGAGCAAACAAGGUUCCUGACCUCCAGAGGAUAUUCCAGACAUCAGACGGUAUCCCCAUUCAUCUGAAGCGCGGCGUUCCCGACAGAUUACUGUACCGCACCACCAUGGCUCUCACUGUAGGAGGCGCUCUGUACUGUUUGGUGGCUCUUUACAUCGCAGCCCAGCCCAGGAAAUAAGUGACCAACGCAAACCAGGGAUCAUUCUGUAACACAUCAACACAACAUUCCCGGUCUGCAUCCGCCCUUGCCUCAUCACCUCUUGGGACUCUUAGAUGAGAAUAAAUCACUGUUGGAACAUCUCACCAUUGCUCACAAACAUCCUGUCUGUCUUCUUUGUAAAAAAAAAUGUCUAAGUUAAUAAAUUUUAAGGGGAAACAAAAUAAAAAAGAUCUUUUUUC